GUACAGAACUCGUUUCACUCGGCUCGGAAGUAUGCCAGCUAUUUCCGGUUCCAGGUGCGUUCUAUUGUAUGCUAACUAGUUAGCAGCUUCAAUUACUGCAGAUAAUCGGCGAGUUUCGCAGUUUUCGGAAUGAACGUCUAGCUGAUAUCGUAUGGACGUAAUUGUAAAAGAUGCCAGUCGUUUAAGUGGAUACAUCCACGACGUUUAGAGAACAGUUCAGUACGUUUGGCACUCAAAUUAACCUACUUUGCCAAUAAGUUGAUGGCUAGCUACGUGGACGUUUUCGGAUCUUGAUUAGCGAACUGUUAUAGGGGACAAGAUCAAGAAGUGGAAGAGACUCAAGAGAAACCCUGUCAGAGAUUUAAUAUUGGCCUGCUACAUUCCUCCACUAAACGUCUUUACCCUGUAAAGUUGGACAUGUUAUUCAGAAAGUACCUGAAAAUAUUGUAGCCAAGUACAUAUAUGUAUAGACUAAGAUAUCUUACAAUUGAAUCCCUAAUCUUUACACAGACGUAAAACUGGCUAUUUUGAUUUACUCAAAGUUGUAUUUUGGUAUGGUUUGUUUGUAUGGCACUCACUGUUAUAAGAGCAAAAUUGGCUAAAGCAAGGUGAGUCUAUUUGGGGAAGACAUGUAGCUAGUACCUCACAUUGGAAUUUUCCCUUGGGUGUAGGUGUUGUGCUGUGUAGGGACCGUAUUGUUGGUUUCGAUAUAACAUUGAACACCUACAGGUCUUUCAUGUCCUGAGGUGCACACCCUCUAAUUGUUAAUUUGACUCGUUCAUCUAAUGUACUAUACUCUAACAAAACCUUUGAGCUGAUAGACAUACAGUUUAACCCGUUAGUACAUUCUUCAUAAGUCCUUUAGUCUAAAAUCCAGACAGAAUUAAGGGAACUAAACUAAGGGAGCUGACAUGACAGCUGUAGUAGGAAGAGUCUGGGGGUGGGUGCGUCCAGCUGUCUCCUACCGGCCCUGGGGCAGCAAAGUAGCACCUGACAAAACCAUGAAAGACGAGAGGCAGACAAGAGGCCGCUGGGGCUUGGGAGGGUUAACAACAUGGUUUUGGGGAACCGGACAGAAAAGACAAGCAAGUGACCAAACAACAUUGAUUGACGAGUACUGGGAAGCAAGUGAGGAGAAAAUCCAGUCCCUGGAAAUUGAAGAUCUGGGCGAGGGCAAGCAGGUGGCUGAGGGGAAAGCAGAACAUGGUGGCUCCAGAUGGUGGACUAAGGUUCUGCCGUCCCGUGACUUCCUCUGGCCAAGAGCAGCUGAACCUGGUGGGCUCAAGCAGAGGAAAUGUAUCGGUGGAGGAUGGGACUCUGACAACGAUGGGGAGUAUUCUGACUAUGGAACUCCUCCACCUUCUCCCAUACCUAGCUCCUCAUCAGCCUUCCGGUUCUUUGCACGUGCCUGGAAUGGGGAGAUAGUUCCGGAACACUAUGAGAUCUGCUUCAACCUCCUUCGCCACCUGUUUGACCUGCUCGUGGUGGGCUUCCUGUGGACUGUGUCCCCCCCUACCAAGUUGGUCCUGGAGGUUCUAGGGAUCCAAGGAGGACUGAAGUUGUGGCUCCAUGGAAUGGCAAUGUUUUUCGUCUCCACUGUUGGAAUGGCAGGACUGCUCUGGGUGGUCCAGGAGUAUCUUCCACAUUUUGCUCUGGUGUACGGCAUCGUGCAAGCACUAGUCAUCUCUGUCAGCGUCCGGCAGUGUGUGAUCUUAGGAGAGGGCGAUGAGGUGGAGGAAGAGAAAGGAGAAAAGGAGGUGGAAGAUGAGGAGGAAGUGGGAGACGAUGGGGAAGUUACAGAAAUGUACCUGACUACAAAAUAAUACAUCAAAGGACAGAUGAUCCCUGAAAGAAAGUUUGUUUUGAUCAUUUCUCCCCACAGGAAAUCCUUUGACAUGGAGGAGGGGGGGGUUGGGGGGGGUUGUUUCGAGACCCUGACGUGGAGGGACUGAGAAGUUACGUUUCGACAGCCUAUCAAUGCAAAGACAGUCACAUGAAAAGAGCUGAGCCCAGCUGACACUGUGUUCAAUGAGGAGAGGGAGAGACUGAAGGACUUUGAAGCUACAUUUCACCUCACUACUGUGAUAUUCAUUGGAGCUGAGGCAAAGCACAUCCACUACAAUCUUGGUCAAAUAGGCCCCAGUGAUAACACUGUUGUGUUGAGUUUCCCUCCCCCUAAAGUACUUUUCUUUGAUACUCAAAUUCAUACAAUUAUGUUUAAUUAGACAUGGCAAGAGGGAUUCUUUUGUUUUGUUCAGAUUCACUUUUGAAUAUCUACUCGACAGAUACCAGCACCUUUUUUUUCAUAGUUUUCUUUCAAAGCUUGAUGGGGUUUUUGGACGCAAGGUUUUAUUAGCCUUUUCUGUUUAUUUUCUGUGCCAUAAUACUGCAUGUGUAGGUAGUUUAACUUUACAAGUAUGCCUUAGUAUAUUACCGUAUCCCUGUCUUUCUCCGUGAUAAUCAUAUUCUUAAUAGUACAGACACACUUAUAUAUGUAUCUGUCUUAUCACACACAUGGUUCCUGAUUUGAAAGGUAACUUACAGAAACAUUCAAUGGUAACCCUUUUUUUUUUCUUUUUAAGAAAAUGUGUUUAUAUGAAACUUGGUUGUGCAGUUAUCCAGUAGCAAGUCUUGCACAAUCCCAUAGAAACCAACAGUCAAGCUCAGGAACACUAAAUUCUACCUGCAAAGGUUUUUCUUCCUCCUCAGCAUGAGCCACAAUCUACAGUAUUGCAUGUGGAAGAGGGUGUUUUACCCACAGUGCCCCUGUAUCAUGAAAGAAUGUUCUAGUUUCUACAAUGGCCUUUUUCAGAUCGUUUUUUUUGUAUCGUAGCAAAACAGAUACAGCUAUGAAAACUUCACAGUGAUGCAGAACGUUAUACGAUACUACCCUCGCUGCGUACUGAUACUGAGAACUUUGAACAGUGAUACCAUAUCUGCAAUUCCUCUCUGCCUUUUAUCUCGUGUGUGUUUUUGUCGCAUUUUUGACUUGUUACUCCAUGUGUCGAUUAUAAAGAAAGAUGUUGUUUUGUAACGAGAAUGUGCAAUGGCCCCAGACAAGUGCUGGAUCACUGUCAAAAUGACUCGAGAAUCUGAUUCUCAAAAAGUAGCAAAACAAUCCCAUGAAAAUCCACCAUGGCCAUGUUCAGUAGCCAAACAUUGAUCAAUGUUGCAGAUGUAAAAAUGCCAUGAAACGAGUGACAUAUCUCAUAUGGUGUGUUUAUCCCGAGAAGGAACCCUAUUUCCUAUAUAGCCCUAUGGGUCCUGGUCAAAAGUAGUGCACUAUGUGGGGAAUAGGGUGCCUUUUGGGAUGCAUCCAAGGCCAUGUGUCAGGUAUUGGGAGCUCUCCAUCAAUAGGAUUCAUACUUUUGGCAGCCAGGACAAAGACCAGAAUAACCUCACUGAUGAGGUCCCUGGAUGUGACCUGGUCAGUUGACUUAUUUCUACUCGUCUCCAUGGCCACAAACCACUAAUUCAGUAUCCCUCUGUGUUGACCUAGAUGAGGUAACUACGGUACAGUCCUGGAAACCUGAACGGUCUUGUAGGUGGGGUCGAUGGGAGACCCAGGGGUUUAUUCAUUAGUGCACACCGUAGAAAAACAUUGUGCAUGGAAAUUAGUUCUGGUAGUCUUCCCCCUUUUGGCCUGUUUGCUUACGUUUGGUUCCUAGUGAAUACACCCCUGGCCAGAACUAUCAAUGUUGUAGGAGAGAUUGUUGGGAGAUCCAGAACUAAUAUAAUAAUAAACCAAUAUUCUAAUUUCCA